GUUCUUGGCCUUCGCUCUAGUGAGGAUGGCUCGUCCAACCCGAGCGCCAGAAACUUGGUUUCUGAAGAUGUGUUCUUCGCUUAGAUAGAGCGUGGUGGUGCACGCCGGGAAGCUGAGGCCGGAAGAUUUCCAGUUCGAAGCCAGUCUAGGCUACUUAGUGAGACCGUGAACAGAAAACAGUGGCAGGAACUUCCCCUUGCCCAGCUCUUUUGGGAGCACUCCUCGGGUAGAGACUCGCUUGUAAGAUACAGGCGCUGCCUUGUGCUGCCUAACUUCGUCAGUUGACUUAUCCUGAAUCCCAGCCUCUACUGCUUUGUAGGGGCUUUUUUAAAAGUUCAGGUAAAGAAGCGUUCUGCACACUGAGGACCGGUGGAGGUUUUCAUGUGUCUCUGGCCACCUGGCUGGCCUUGAACUUGCUAUGCAGUAGAGGAUGACCUUGAAUUUCCGAUCUUCCUUCUUCUGCUUCCUGGGUACUGAGAGUAAGGGGCCAUGAUACCUACCAGACUUCUUUUGGCAAGGUCCUCCACUGUGUUGGGUGUUUCAAAGUGGGCUCCAUCCACAUGGGCUGCCCUGAAGCCCAGCCAGCUCCAUUCACUGCAGGCAUCAUCUAGAUUGUUCUCUCUGGGCAUUGUAGACCAUGCUAAGCACCAAGAGGCCUCUGGAAAGAAGCUGCUCUCAGAGAAAAAACUGAAAAGACAUUUUGUGGAUCACCGGAGAGUUCUAGUCCGUGGAGGAAAUGGAGGCUCCGGCAUGAGCUGUUUCCACAGUGAACCCCGAAAGGAGUUUGGAGGUCCUGAUGGCGGGGAUGGAGGAAAUGGUGGACACAUCAUUCUGAGAGUUGACCAGCAGGUGAAGUCCUUGUCCGCGGUCUCGUCCCAGUACCAGGGUCUCAGUGGAGAAGAUGGAGGCAGUAAAAACUGCUUUGGGCGAAGUGGGGCCGCCCUCUACGUCCAGGUUCCUGUGGGUACCUUGGUGAAAGAGGGAGGUGAGGUUGUGGCUGACCUAUCUCACCCAGGAGACGAGUACAUUGCUGCACUGGGGGGUGCAGGAGGAAAAGGCAAUCGCUUUUUCCUGGCCAAUGACAACCGUGCCCCUGUAACUUGCACCCCUGGACAACCGGGUCAGGAGCGGGUCCUCUACCUGGAGCUCAAGACAGUGGCCCAUGCUGGGAUGGUUGGCUUCCCCAAUGCUGGGAAAUCUUCUCUCCUUCGAGCCAUUUCAAAUGCAAAACCUGCUGUAGCUUCCUACCCGUUCACCACCUUGAAUCCUCACGUGGGGAUCGUUCACUAUGAAGGCCACCAACAGGUAGCAGUGGCAGACAUCCCAGGCAUCAUCCGAGGCGCACACCAGAACAAGGGCCUGGGGCUCAGCUUCCUCAGGCAUAUUGAACGUUGUCACUUCUUCCUGUUUGUGGUAGAUCUUUCCUUGCCUGAGCCGUGGACUCAGGUUAAUGAUUUAAAAUAUGAACUAGAGAAGUAUGAAGAAGGCCUGUCUGAGAGGUCCCAUGUGAUCAUCGCAAAUAAGAUUGAUCUCCCGCAGGCCAGAGCCCACCUGCCCCAGCUCCAAGCCCGCCUAGGACAGGAAGUCAUCGCCUUGUCAGCACUGACUGGAGAGAACCUGGAGCAGCUGCUUCUGCACCUGAAGGUGCUGCACGAUGCUCACAUGGACACCGAGCUGGAGCAGGGCCGCCAGCCCUUCAGGUGGUAGUGGGCACAGGGCUGCAUGCCCCUGGGCCAGCAUGGGGCAAGGGUGGCCAGCGGUCACCGGAAGCAAACACAAACCUAUUAUCAAGUGUGGGCAGCUUUGAACACCUGAGAGAAAGUACUUGGAAAUACUU